UUUUAACGUGAUGUUUUUACGUUAUAAUGUAAUAUUUUCACAUUAUAACGUGAUAAUGAGAAUUUUUUUUUAUUGUGUCGUGGUAGUAAUACGCUUUCGUAUAAAAAAAUGACUGCACUAAAAUAAACUACCGAUUUGACUCACAGCCUCAGUCACUUGAGAGGCGCACACACAGUGGACGAAGUGAGUAAGGUAAACCAAUUUAAUUUCAAACCAAAAAAUGGCACUUUGCUUUAAAAAGGCUGCCGACCCCUGGUCUAGACUGUACUCUCAGAAAUACAGAAAUGAGUGGGAAUCAAACCCUGAAUUCAAAGGCUGGUUGAAGCCAUUUAUUGGAGAUGCUACACAGGUGCAGAGUCCACCAUGGCAUUAGCUAUCGCUGAACACUGUUCUCUGCUGGUGAGUGACCAUACUGGAGAAACAUGUAGAGCUGCUUCCUCAGACUCCACUGCUGCUACCCACUUCAAAAUUUACAGGACAAAGUGCACAGAAAUGAUUAAAGGUGUGGGUGAGCGUCGUUUCAGCCUCCUCCUCGAUGAGUCCACAGAUCAAUGGAGAGUUCGGAGGACACCACUGCUCUGCAUAUUCAAGCCGAGAUUAAUGAAAUAUUGGUUAAAGGCUAUGAUGACUGGAUGGAUGAGCAAUUUGCAGAUGUGGUGUCAUUUAAAAUAGAAAAUCAGAUAGAACAUGGCAUUUCCUUAUUCCUAACUUUAUUUAAGUUCUCUGUUGACAUCUUAGAGCAGAAAGUCAAAGAUUUGAGAGAGCUUGCAGAUGGUCUGGAGCGUGUUCACUUUGGAACCACAGUGGGCAGCUUGACAGGGGGGGUGGUCAGUGUAAUCGGAGGGGUCACCUCUGUGGUUGGAUUAGUCCUGGCCCCCUUCACCUUUGGAGCUUCUCUGGCUGUGACUGGGGUGGGACUUGGCAUAGCUACUGCCGGAGGGGUGACUAGUGGUGUCUCCAACAUCACCAAAAUGGUUAAUGAGUCAAUGGAUCGCAAGAACUUUGAAAAACUUAUAAAGGACUAUGAAGACUUGAUGCAGCCCAUCACUGAAUGUCUGAGAGAGCUCAGUGAAAACAUAGAGAAUCUGCAAAAGCUGAAAUCCACCAAAAAAAAACCUGAGGGGGGAUCCCCCCAGAAUGUCGAUAAUAUGAUGCAGGUUGGAGCCCGGCUGGGAAGGAGUCUGGUCGGGGGUGUGCCUGAAAUAGUUCGGCUGGUUCAGGUGGUCAACCUGGGCAAGGUAGCUGCUCAAGCAUCUAGAGCUGUGCAGGUGGCGGGAGUCUUCACCGGUGUGUUUUCUAGCCUCUUCAUCGCUCUGGAUGUGUAUUUCAUCGCUAAUGAUGCCAAAGAGAUCCAUAACAUGAGGGGAACUAAUACUAAUUCGCCAAAGAAGGAAAAGUCUGCUGCAGUUGAGUUCAUAGCAGUGAUCAGAAAGACAGCCGGGCAGUUAGAGGAUGGUCUGAAUGAGCUGAAAGAACUGAAGAAUAUGCUUAAUGAAGGUGGGGCUCAGAGAGCUCAAUAAUCAACUCAAUGUGCACUCUUUAUGCAAUGCUUAAAUAUAAUAGAGGCCACAAUGACAUUCUUAACACAUAUUACAAAUAUUUUGUUGUAGAUUUUAUUGUAGUGACAUUUCGUGUUCUUCUUAAUUUGUAAAUAAAUGUAUUGAAAAAGUCUUAAAUAACCAGAUGACCAAAUUCUGAAAUAAACAUAAGGAAAUGAAAAUGAGGCCAAUACAAAAGUACUGGACUGCACUGAUGUCCUCACAUUCUCAACUUUCCUUCAAUAAAACGACCUCUUUUCCAAACUAGCCUUAUGCCUAAGCUAUCAUAAGCUCUGUUUUUGGAUUCCUUUUGACUUCUUUUCAUUUUGAGGUGCUUAGUUUCCAGCACCAU